GAGACGAAACCAUGUCGUUCAAAGCUGGAUUAUUAUUUGUAACACUCCUUAUUGGGAGCUAUGCAUUUCCAGCUAAGGAGCAGGACAUGUCCAUUUUCUUCGACCAUACUGACGCGCAAGCCCGUAUCGUCGGAGGGACCGUCGCUGGUAAUGUGGCCUACAUGGUGAGCCUUAGUUCCGGUGUGAUAGUCAGAAGUUUAGUCUGCGGAGGCUCAGUGAUCACCAAUAGACACGUCAUGACCGCUGCCCACUGCAUCCAAGCAGUGUUCUCCGGAGGAAGUUUAAUUAAUUCGCUCCGAGGAACCGUCGGCACCAGCCGUUGGAACAGCGGUGGAACUCAGUACAGCUUCGCUCGUAACUUCACUCAUCCCAACUACGUGCACAGCAACAUCAAGAACGACAUUGGUAUCCUCGUCACCUCCUCAAACAUAGUAUUUUCAAACACAGUUCAACCUGUUGUUUUGAAUUACGAUUUCGUUGGUGCUGGCGUCGCAACCUCAGUUACUGGAUGGGGUAGAAUUGUUACUGGUGGUGCACUGUCCCAAAACCUGCUGCAGCUCUCCGCCACUGUUAUCGAUGGUAACCGCUGCGUUACCGAAGUUAGGAAUCGCGCCGCGCAGCUUAACAUUAGAGCUCCAGCUGUCGAACCACACAUCGAAAUCUGUACCUUCCACUCCACCGGACGUGGAACAUGCAACGGUGACUCUGGCAGUCCGCUGAUGCGCGUUGACCGCAAACAGCAAAUCGGAGUAGUGUCGUGGGGUCUGCCGUGUGCGCGCGGCGCUCCAGACAUGUUCGUACGUGUCAGCGCCUACCGCACUUGGAUUCAGCAGCACACCAGAUAA